AGUCGCGCUUCGGACGUCGCGCGUAUGACUUGUGUUGGACGAUAGGCGUUCACGCGAUAAAAUGUUUACGCGAACAAUAAAGUUGAACCGCGAAAGAUAAACUUUUAAAAAAGAUCUCUUCUUUAUAUUGUGACUUUUUGAAAGGAGUGCUUAAACUUUUGAGACAAUGGAAAAUAAUACAUCGGAGGAGUCACCACCUAACAGAGCCCAUGUGAAAAAGGAGAACGAAGAAGAAAUCAAGGAGUUUGCGGAGACUGCGAUGAACGAAUUACUCGGCUGGUACGGCUAUGAGAGAUUAGAGUUGCGUCGAUGGGCGGCAUCACGUGCCCGAGACGGCAGUCCAGAACAGAUCGCUGAACAAAAGAAUAAAGACGAGUGUUCGUGGUGUAACAAAAGCAUCACCAGCGAAAGUGGAGCCCUGCAGCAGGCCGGCGCCACCUUCUGUUCUGAGCUCUGCUUCAGUCAAUCACGGCGCGCCAAUUUCAAACGUGCUAAAACAUGCGACUGGUGCCGCCAUGUUAGACACACUGUCGCUUACGUGGAUUUUCAGGACGGUGCUACUCAGUUGCAGUUCUGUUCCGACAAAUGCCUCAAUCAGUACAAGAUGCAUAUCUUCUGCCGCGAGACACAGGCACACCUCGAUCUCAAUCCUCACUUGGUGAACGCCUCAUCUACGUCUAACCUCAUUACUCCAGAACUGUGGCUCAAAAACUGUAAAAGUCGUUCCGCCUCGCCUAUUUCCGAAAAAUCAGGAUCACCAACUCACGAAAUCAUUGCAAAAGCAAACUCAGAAAAGUCAGAAGCUCAAAAGUCAUUAAGAAAAUCACCUUUGCCUCUAAUAACUAUGGCGCCGACUUCAAAACUGAUGAAACCCAAAAGGCCAUCAGAAGAAAGAACGACAGUACAGAAAUCGCCUGAAACUAAGAAGGAGAUUAGAAGCAAUAAAAUGAACCUGAGGAAGCGUAGGACAUCAAAAUGUUCUGCAACAGUUACGUCACAAACUGCCAGGCAAAGAACGGCGACGCCAAAAGCUCAGGAUUUACGAAUGUGUAGUCCGUCUAUAGAUGGUUCGUCGCCAGCUUCCACUGUUGUUAAUGGCACCGUUCAUUCUCCACCCCACCCAGUCAAUACUCACGUAAUACCACCUCCACAAUUUCAAAAUCCUUUGUUUGGGAUGCCACCACCUGUUUUUAUGGAUAACGGACACAUCAACGAUCUCAGACAUCCAAAUAUGUUUCCACCACGGGUGAACUUUCUGCCGCGUCCUGGCAUUCACAUACACCAAGAGAGACCCCGUAUUCCACCUCCUAUGAACUUUCCCCCGGUGUUAGGCCAAGCGCCACCUGUAACAGUUUUAGUGCCAUAUCCAGUAGUUCUCCCUAUACCUUUGCCGAUACCUAUUCCAAUGCCUUUGUCGGCGUUUAUCCAAGCACACUGUGCGAGUAAAGUUAAAACUGAAUCUAGGCCUGAUGAUAACGAAGGACCUUUAGACUUUACAAUGAAUGCUGACAAAAAUAAAGAAGAAACCGAUAGCGUUAAUGGUGAACCAAACACAGAUGUCCCAGACAGCAAUGAUUACAACGAGCAGAAUAAUGUGGCCAACGAGCGAAUAGACGACGAAGAGAAGGCAGAAAGUGAAUGUACUGACUCCAUUAAUCCCGAGCAGACUUUACCAAAGUUUAAAAUAACGCGAUUAGGAAGUAAAAUGGCGAAAAUCGUCGCAAAGCCGAGAGAAACGUCGGAGUCUUCGAGGCCUUUAAGGAAACGACGAAGACUCGUGGAAGUGGCCACAGAUGAUGAAGCUCUCAUUCCAAAAACAAGAAAAACUGUUCAAGUUUAAAAUCAGUAACAUGCAAUAUCUCACAAUGUUUUAUUAAAUAAUAUUCCUGAUAAUGCAUAUCACAAUCAUAAAUUGUUAAUCCGAACACAGUUCAAUGUACUUUGAAAUUGCUAGUCGUAAAUUUAAGUAAUUUUAAAAAUAUAGACAAACAGACCUACUAAUUUUAUAAGUACUUGUUCAUAACAAAAACACAUCAUAAGUGGGUAUGUUUUCUUUUUUUAAGCUGUUCAUAUAUUAUUUAAGUUAGUAGGGUUGUUAAAAAUUAGAAAACGCACUGUAAAUGUGAUAUUAGUAAUUUAUUAUAAAAAAUGUAGCUAUGUGUAAAUUAAAACGAUUUCAGAGUUGCAUUU